CCAUUGUAGGACCCUAAUCAAGUUUCAUACCUUCUGGAACUCCGAUGAGGUCGUACCAGAUAAGCUAGAAUGGAUGCUGACCUGCCUCGAGUUUUUAUGUGGCGGACAUCUUAUGCAAUUGUGAUUACAGUUCCGAUUGGUAAACAGGGCUCCUAGAGGAGAUGCAGUGUCAUGCUCAAUUUUUAAAAAUCCAUUUUAAAUGAAGCCAGAGAAUAAUAUCGACACUUCCCAAAUGAAAGGGAAUGUUCCUCCGGAGGUAAAACUUGCAUUGUUAAACUCUCUGGCGCAGCCGGGCCACAUAUCGCAUUCGACUGGCAAGCCCUUCAGAGGUUUCAAAGCCGAGUUCGUGUCCCGGAUGCAACUAACAGAGGCAUCUGUAUUAUCGAAAGCAGAGGAGCCGGACAAACUCGAAGGACGUACCGUCUUCGAGGUGAUUGUGGACGAAGACAUGUUUAACGAAGUUGGAACCAUGCACGGCGGUUGUCUGGCCAUGAUAAUUGAAAUCUGCUCGCCAAUGCCCAUUUAUAUUCUUAGGGCUUCGACUGGCGCUUGUGGCCCAUUCGGCGUACAACAGUCUUUGAAUAUUGUGUUCCACUCACCAGCAGUGCCGGGCGACAAGCUACGCAUCGUGUGCACGACACUUACCCUUGGUAGCAGAGCGCGCUCGGGUCGUUGUGAGGUAUGGAAUGUAACGCGACACCGAUUAGUCGCAUCAGCUGUAUACAUCAACAUGGUUCCAUCUGAAUCGUCCAAACUCUGACCUUUUGUGCAUGUCAGUCAUGUUGAUUCCUUACACGCACCAUAAUCACCAUCAUACACGACUACUUGGAAUUUAAAGUCCACUUAUUCCAUGUACAAUAAUGUAGUAAUCCGCAUGAUGUGAU